AUGAACUACGAUAUGGAGGAUACCCAAAACUCUGCACCAGGUAGCUUGCCAUCUGCUCAAGCUUCAAAACUUGCAGCUCCUCGAAAGGGACCAGAUGCACAAAGUACCACUAAACGCUUACAGACUGAGCUGAUGCAACUCAUGACCUCUUCUGCUCCUGGCAUUUCAGCGUUUCCAUCAGCGGAUGGCAAUCUCCUUUCUUGGACGGCUACGAUAGAAGGGCCAGAUGAGACCCCUUACGCAGAUCUCACCUUCAAGCUCUCGUUUGCUUUCCCACCAAAUUAUCCAUACGCACCACCCACGGUUCUUUUCAAGACACCCAUAUACCACCCAAAUGUCGACUUUUCUGGGAGAAUUUGUCUAGAUAUUCUCAAGGAUAAAUGGACUGCUGCGUAUAAUAUCCAGACGGUUCUCUUAAGUUUGCAAAGUCUUCUCGGAGAACCAAACAAUGCAUCGCCCUUGAAUGGAGAGGCAGCGGAAUUAUGGGACAAAGACCCCGAGGAGUUUAAGCGGAAGGUCCUUGGGCGACAUCAAGAUGUUGAUGACGAGUAA